AUGGAGGACAGAAGUGACAGUCAAGAUGCUGGAUCUGAAGGAGAAGCAAAGCCUUUGGCUGUUCACCCUUGAUCCAUCACUUGAAGCGAAGAUGCUGUCCAGCUCGCACCUGGAGCAGGACGUCAAGGCGUCGACGCUGGAGGGUCUGCUGGGUCAACUGCAGCAAAAGUUUGAUGAGAAGGCAGCGGAUGGCGAGCAGCAGCGGACGAGGCUGCGUGAGGAGGAGGCAGAGCGAGCGGCGCUGGAGGAGGCGAAGCGAGCGAGGGAGGAGGAGUUGAAGGAGCUGAAGAUGCAGCUGCAAGAGCUGCAGGUGAGAGCGACAGAGCUGGAGAGGGAGGGGAAGAGAACGGAGGAGGCGCUGGAGAAGGCGAAGGAGGAAGGAAAGAGGGCGAGGGAGGCGCUGGAGAAGGAAGCGGAGAAGGUCAGGGAGCUUGCGAAGCUGCAGGAGGAGAACGAGGAGGAGAUGCAAGAGUCGAGCGAGGCUCUGCACAAGAAGUUGGAGGACUGGCGGAACGACUUGCAGAGCAACUUGGCGUCGAAGGAAGAGGAGCAGACGACGCUGACGAAGCAACACAACGAGCUGCUGGCGCAGAAGCGAAACUUGGAGGCAGAGCUGAAAAGAGCGAAGCAGGAGGCGGAGGAGACAAGAGCAAAGCUGCAGGCUGAGAAAGAGACGGAGGAGGAGGAGACGCAGAGGCUGCGAGCAGAAGAAGAAAACUCAAGACGGCUUUGCGAGACUUUGAGGAGAAGCUGA